AUGUGGCCACUGCUGCUCGGCGCGCUGCUGCUCGCCAUCCUCUACAAAGCGUACUCGGCCCUGUUCGCCGGCCGCUCCCGGAACCCCUUCUCGGAGGAUGUCAAGCGGUCGCCCGCGCCCCUCGUGACUGACAAGGAGGCCAGAAAGAAAGUUCUCAAACAAGCUUUCUCAGUCAGCAAAGUGCCAGAGAAGCUGGAUGUGGUGGUGAUUGGCAGUGGCUUUGGAGGUCUGGCUGCAGCUGCGAUUCUGGCCAAGGCUGGCAAGCAAGUUCUGGUGCUGGAGCAGCAUACCAAGGCAGGGGGCUGCUGCCAUACCUUUGGCCAGGAUGGCCUUGAAUUUGACACAGGAAUCCAUUACAUUGGGCGUAUGCAGGAGGGCAGCAUUGGCCGUUUUAUCUUGGACCAGAUCACCGAGGGGCAGCUGGACUGGGCUCCCCUGGCCUCUCCCUUUGAUGUUAUGGUGCUGGACGAACCCAGUGGCCGCAAGGAGUUCCCCAUGUACAGUGGGGAGAAAGCCUAUAUUAAGGGCCUCAAGGAGAAAUUUCCCCAAGAAGCGGCUGCCAUUGACAAGUAUAUGAAGAUGGUUAAGGUGGUGUCCAGCACAACUAGUCAUGCCAUCGUGCUGAAGCUCCUCCCACUGCCUCUGGUACGCUUCCUCAGCAAGUGUCAGCUGCUGACUCGCUUCUCUCCGUUCCUGCGUGCCUCCACCCAGAGCUUGUCUGAGGUCUUGCAGCAGCUGCCAGCAUCCCGUGAACUCCAGGCAGUGCUCAGCUACAUCUUCCCUACUUAUGGUGUGACUCCCAGCCACACCACCUUCGCCAUGCAUGCUGUGCUGGUUGACCACUACUUGAAAGGAGCAUUCUAUCCCCGAGGGGGCUCCAGCGAAAUUGCCUUCCACACCAUCCCUGUGAUCGAGCGUGCUGGGGGUGCCGUCCUCACGAGGGCCACUGUGCAGAGUGUGUUGCUGGAUUCGGCUGGAAAGGCCUGUGGUGUCAGCGUGAAGAAGGGCCAAGAACUGGUGAACAUCUACUGCCCCAUCGUCAUCUCCAGUGCAGGACUGUUCAAUACCUACCAGCACUUACUGCCACAACAUGCCCGCAAUCUGCCAGAUCUGAAGCAGCAGCUGGGGAUGGUGCGACACAGCUUGGGCAUGUUCUCCAUUUUCAUCUGCUUACGAGGCUCUAACAAGGACCUGGGUCUGAAUUCUACCAACUACUACGUUUAUUUCAACAAAGACAUGGACAAGGCGAUGGACAGAUACUGCUCCAUGCCCAAGGAAAAGGCUGCAGCACACAUCCCCGUUUUCUUUGUGUCUUCCUCAUCAGCCAAGGACCCCACGUGGGAGGAGCGGUUCCCAGAUCGGUCCACGGUGAUUGUGCUUUGCCCAGCUGCCUAUGAAUGGUUUGAGGAAUGGAAGGAGGAGCCACAGGGAAAGCGAAGCAGCGAAUACGAAGCCCUCAAGAACACCUUUGUGGAAGCAGCCAUGUCUGUUGUCCUGAAGCUGUUUCCUCAGCUGGAGGGACAGGUGGACAGUGUGGAUGGAGGAUCCCCACUGACCAAUCAGCAUUAUCUGGCUGCCUCUCGGGGUGCCUGCUACGGAGCCGACCAUGACCUGGGCCGCCUGCACCCUCUCGUGAUGGCCUCUGUGAGGGCUCAAAGCCCCAUCCCCAACCUCUAUAUGACAGGCCAGGAUAUCUUCACGUGCGGGUUGAUGGGGGCCCUGCAAGGGGCCCUGCUGUGCAGCAGCGCCAUUCUGAAGCGGAACGUGUACAGGGACCUGCAGAAGCUUGGCUCAAGGAUCCAGGCACAGAAGAAGAACAACUAG